UUCGAGGGCACUGGUUUAUUCUGUAUCAGUUGAUUUUCAUUAUUCACACAGUAUCUGGGUGGGCCCAUCAAUAACGACCUGAACUCGGACCUGAGCUUCGGUUCACUCCCACCUACUGAUUCAUCGGUUCAUUGUCACACACUCGAAAAAAAUGUGGCGGCGGAGUUUCAGCAGCGCCGCCGGAUCUACGGCCUGCUUGAAGAAUAAGAAAUGGGACGCAGUGGUAAUCGGCGGUGGCCACAACGGCCUCACCGCAGCCGCGUACCUAGCUCGGGGUGGUCUCUCCGUCGCAGUACUUGAGCGACGCCAUGUUCUUGGCGGAGCCGCUGUGACCGAAGAGCUCUUCCCGGGCUUUAAAUUUUCCCGAUGCAGCUACCUACAGAGUCUCCUCCGCCCAUCUGUCAUCAAGGAACUAGAGCUGGCGAGGCACGGAUUGAAGCUUUUAAAGAGGAAUCCAUCGUCGUUUACGCCUUGUUUGGAUGGACGAUAUCUUUUGUUAGGGCCUGAUAAGGACAUUAAUUAUUCAGAGAUUUCCAAGUUUUCCAAACGAGACGCAGACGCUUAUCCCAGAUAUGAGGCUCAAUUAGAAAGAUUCUGUAAAUUCAUGGAUCUUCUUCUGGACUCACCCACGCCAGAAACCCUGCAUGGUGUUUCAUCCUUAAAUUAUCGGCUGAGGGAUAAGUUAAAAAGUUCAGUUUUUUGGGCUAAAUGUAUUCGGAGUGGCCUUUCUUUGGGCCAAAAGGACUUGGUAGACUUCAUGGACCUUUUGUUUUCUCCAGCUUCAAAGGUUUUGAACAACUGGUUUGAGGAAGAUGUUCUGAAAGCUACACUUGCAACGGAUGCUGUCAUAGGGAGUGUGGCCAGUGUGCAUACACCAGGCAGUGGAUAUGUGCUACUUCAUCAUGUGAUGGGUGAAACAGAUGGUGAUCGUGGUAUUUGGUCGUAUGUCGAAGGUGGCAUGGGCUCUGUAUCAAUGGCGAUUGCUAAUGCAGCAAGGGAAGCAGGUGCUCAUAUUAUCACAAAUGCUGAGGUGUCAGAAUUGAUGGUUCAGGACUCUGGCAGAAUAGAAGGGGUUCUUCUAGCCGAUGGGACAUAUGUGAAAGCUUCAACUGUUCUGUCAAAUGCAACGCCUUAUAAAACGUUUAUGGAACUAAUGCCUAGUGAUAUGCUUCCUGAUGAGUUUCUUCGUGCUAUUAAACAUGCUGAUUACGGAUCUGCAACUACCAAAAUUAACUUAGCAGUUGAGAGAAUACCCCAUUUUCGUUGUUGUAAGUUGAGUCCAACUGAAGCGGGACAUCAGCUUGUAGGUACCAUUCAUAUUGGUUCAGAAAGUAUGGAGGAGAUUGAUUCGGCUUGUCAAGAUGCUGUGAAUGGCGUACCGUCUAAAAGACCCGUUAUUGAGAUGACAAUCCCCUCAAUACUGGACAAGACAAUAUCUCCUCCAGGCAAGCACGUGAUCAAUUUAUUUAUUCAGUAUACUCCAUAUAAACCCUCUGAUGGUUCUUGGGAAGAUCCUGUUUACAGGGAAUCGUUUGCUCAAAGAUGUUUUGCCUUGAUAGAUGACUACGCCCCUGGCUUCAGUUCAUCAAUUAUUGGCUAUGACAUGUUAACUCCUCCUGAUCUUGAAAGAGAAAUUGGUCUGACAGGAGGGAAUAUCUUUCAUGGCUCCAUGGGGUUGGAUUCGCUCUUCCUUUUGCGGCCAGUUAAAGGAUGGUCAAACUACAGAAGUCCAGUUGGAGGGCUGUACUUGUGUGGAAGUGGCGCCCAUCCUGGAGGUGGUGUGAUGGGGGCACCUGGUCGUAAUGCAGCACUCGUGGUUCUUCAAGAUUUGAAAACACGACUUAGCUGAGCUCAUUAACAUAUACAAAGCAGACCAUCAUUUAUCCAAAAUCUCACCCUCUUUUCUUGUGCGCUGAGUUGCUAUGUGAACACUGUGAAGGGACAAAAAUGGCUGAUGUUAGGGUGUAGUUCGGAAUCACUUUUUGGGAGGGUGGGAAGUGUUUUCAGUCGAAACGACCAUGGAUUAGUUAAGCGAAAAAAUUUCAGUAUUACGGUAGUACCAUAUUCCCUUUGAGCAGACUAUGAAUAAUUUUUAAUGUUGAUGAAUUUCACAUCAUUCUUAAUAUGAUGUUGACAUGACAAAUAGUGAAUGGAAGAGUAUUCAUGCUCUCGUAA